GUAAGAUCCUUUAUAAUUUGCACUGAUUAAGUAGUGAAAAUAUCAAAAUUUUUACUUAAAUUGCUAACAUUUUAUUAAAACAAAUCAUUUUAAUAUAAAUAGAAUGCAUUUUAAAUAAAUACACAAUGGGAACUUCAAGAAAUAUUAUUUGAAGAAUUACCACUCUAUUUCCUUUUUGGUUAAAAAAGAAAAGUAAAUUUUUAAUAAAUAACCAAUUAUAAUAAAGUAAUAGUAAAAGUAUUAAUAACUGUUAGAAAAAGACUAUAAAAAUAAACAAUUACAAAAAUAUUUAAAACAAGUGAUAGAGUCAAGAGAACAGAAACUCGAUCAUUUGCAUACUGCAUGUACAAAUUGGACAUUUAUAGAAAUUAGCGGCAGUGGAAAAGGAAUUACGCACUCUUGUCUCUAAUCGUAAGAGAGCUGAAUAAAACCACAAUAGUUAUCAGCAGCUCAAUAAUAACAACAAAUUAAGUAUUAAUAAAAAUCAAUAUUAACAAAAGUUUGCAUUCAUUUGUCCGCGAUACCGUUACAUUCAUUUGCUAUUUAUUCGCGACCGCAUUAACAAAACCCAAAAGAAGAAUCACUCAUAUUUUAUUCAACAAUUAAAAGAAAUUGCAAGUUUAAAACAAAGAGAACGAAAUAUUAAUAAUAGAUUAAACAAACAUAUUAUAAUCAUGCCAGAUUUAAAGACAACUGUUACACUUACUAGUGCUACGGCAGAGAAAAUGUCUCGUCACGACAUGUUGGAAUGGGUCAAUAGCACCGUUCAUGGACAAUAUAAAAAAAUUGAAGAGCUGUGCUCUGGAGUGGCAUAUUGCCAAAUGAUGGAACUUUUGUUUCCCAAUACAGUGGGUUUGAAAAAAAUCAAAUGCAAUGCCAAGUUGGAACAUGAAUUUCUACACAACUUAAAGCUUUUCCAGGCUGCCUUUAUAAAACUCAAUUUCGAUAAAUCCGUACCAAUUGAUCGUUUAAUCAAGGGAAAAUUUCAAGAUAAUUUUGAGUUCUUACAAUGGUUUAAGAAAUUUUUCGAUACACAUUCGGCCGGUAAAGAGAAUUUGAAAGUGCCAGCUGCCUUGGCGGCAGCAACACAUAAUGCCCCUAAGCCUAUAAGAAAACCAGGUACACAACCAUUGGGAGGCGCUGGAGCAACGUCAAAGUCUGCCACCACUAAAUCGUCAGAGAUUUUGAAAACACCCAAAAGUGGUCAACAGCAUGACGAAAGAAUGGUUUCGCCUUCAAGUCUACGUGUGUUGCAGGAGACAAAGGAAGAAUUGAACAAACAAACCUUGAGUAUAGAACAGGAGCGGAAUACCUACUAUAAAAAACUUACUGAAAUUGAAGCCAUUCUUCACGAAUCCAUAAAAAAUGAAGUCUACGUUGAUUGGUGUAAUCGUGCGUUAGCCAUACUAUAUGCUGUCGAUGAUAAUGCUCCCCCUGGCGAUGAAGAAGAGGGUGCUGAAGCUUAUGCUGCUGAAACAGCCGAUUUAUAAAACCUUUAUUAUUUUCUACUUAAAACUAUUAUGUAUUAUGAUAUUUAUACAUGUAAUAAAAUUCUAAUUAAAUACUA